AUGUCCACCUUGAUCGAAUACACCCAGAUUGAGCUGCUCACGCUCAGCGGCCCUGAGUAUCGUCGAGUGUCUACUGCUCCCCCGCGCCCGCCGACCGAGGACGAAAUCCCUAUCAUAGAUCUGUCCUCGAUUGAUGGCGAUAUCGAAGAUCGAAAGGGCAUCGCAUCCAAGAUCAGAUCAGCUGCCGAAAACACCGGCUUCUUCUACGUCAAAAACCACGGAAUUGCAGAAGAACUCAUCCAGAACGCUCUAUCGCAAGCGCAGACCUUCUUCAACCAGCCCGACGAGAAAAAAGAGCUAGUCUCAAGCAAGAGAUCCAAACUCUCAGAUGGAUGGCAUGGACUCGGAACAACCCAAGUAAACAAAACCGAAACGCGAGAUCGCAAAGAGACAUUCUCCGUACGCUACAACCCUAGGAACGACCCAACAAUUCCUGACCCAGAAUCCCUCCUCAAAGACUCCCGCUUCUCCUACGGCGGCGAUGAACUAAAAUGGCAGGGAACAAGCCACCUCCCAGGCUUCCGCGAAACAACAAUAGAAUUCUACCAGCGUCGUCUAGCCCUAGCCCGCAAAAUGGUCCGCAUCUUCGCGCUCGCCCUGGACAUGCCAGAGAACUACUUCGACGAAGUAACCACCCACCCAGGCGCAGACGGUCUAUAUGUGCAUUACCCUGGCACAGACGAAGACCGCGAAGACGAUAAAGCAGACGUGGACGUCGGUAUAGGCUCGCACACCGAUAUCCAAUGCCUAACCCUGCUGUGGCAGGAUAUGUCGGGCGGACUGCAGGUUCUUUCUGUCAGCGAUGAAUGGCUCGAUGCUGCACCGAUUGCCGGCACGCUGGUUGUUAAUAUUGGCGAUUUCUUGCAGCGGCUUUCAAAUAAUCGGUUCAAAAGCACGGUGCAUCGUGUUUAUAACCGGCAUUCAAGCUCAAGGUAUUCCAUGCCUUUUUUCUUGGGGUUUAAUCCUGAUUCCGUUUGUAAGGUGGUGCCUUCUUGUGUUGAUGAGGAGCAUCCCGCUCUUUACGCGCCUAUUUCUUGCGGAAAAGUGAGCCUGGCAUCGCAAUCGGCUGGAACUUUCUUCUGGCAGGACUAUUAG